AUGACGAGCCGGUUAUGGAAAACGUUGUCGCGAAAGCGCAUAGAAGAAGAGAAUAGAGAAGUAAAAGGCAACGAGCAAUUGGCACGGGUCCUUGGUCUAUUUGACUUGACCGCACUCGGCGUAGGUGCGACUCUUGGUUUAGGAGUUUACGUUCUUGCCGGAAGCGUAGCCAAAGACACUGCUGGACCUGCCGUUUGUAUCUCUUUUCUCAUAGCCGCCAUCGCGUCUGCUUUCGCAGGUAUGUGCUAUGCAGAAUUUGCAUCGCGAGUACCGAAAGCCGGUUCGGCAUAUGUUUAUAGUUAUGUAACAGUAGGAGAGUUUAUCGCUUUCGUGAUAGGAUGGAAUUUGAUUUUAGAAUAUGUAAUUGGUACAGCGAGCGCUGCUCGUGGACUAAGUAAUUAUAUCGAUGUAUUGAUAGGAAAUGUCAUGGGUAAUACUCUGCGUUCUCUUAUGCCCAUAAAUGUCUCCUUUCUGUCAGAGUAUCCUGAUUUUUUCGCUUUUGGAAUGGUCAUGCUACUAGUAAUACUAUUGUGCAUAGGAGUAAGGGAAUCAUCGAUCUUGAACAAUACAUUUACCGUUGUAAACAUAAUAACGAUCAUAAUUGUUAUUAUCGCAGGGUCGAUUAAAGCGAAUUCGUCAUACUGGUCCAUUGCACCCGAGGAUAUCCCAAAUUCCGUGAAAAACGGCGGGACCGGUGGAUUUAUGCCGUUCGGUAUCAGCGGAGUGAUGGUUGGAGCGGCCAAAUGUUUUUACGGAUUUGUCGGUUUCGAUGCCGUCGCUACCACUGGCGAAGAAGCAAAGAGCCCUGAACGUCAUAUUCCUCUAGCGAUUAUAUUAUCCCUAAUUAUUAUAUUCAUAGCGUAUUUUGGUAUUUCCACGGUUCUUACAAUGAUGCUACCUUAUUACGCUCAAAAUGCGAACGCGCCGUUUCCACAUGCGUUCGAUGAGAUCGGAUGGCCCAUCAUUAAAUGGAUCGUUAAUGUAGGUGCGGUAUUCGCGCUAUGUACUAGUCUUUUGGGCGCUAUGUUUCCAUUACCACGUGUAUUAUAUGCCAUGGCAAAUGAUGGCAUAAUAUUCAAGAUUCUCUCCAAAGUGAAUUCUAAAACUAUGACGCCUGUAUAUGGCACGUUGCUCUCUGGUUUACUUAGUGGUCUUAUGACACUUGUCUUCAAUUUGCAGCAAUUGAUCGAUAUGAUGUCUAUCGGGACUUUACUCGCAUAUACAAUAGUAGCGAUAUGUGUUUUAAUAUUAAGAUAUCGAAAAGAUACAAACUCUAGCAACGCUUCUGCUAUACCACUAAUGAGUGAAUAUCAAUUUACAUCUAUAAAUAUAUUUAAGGAAUUAUUUAAUUUGCAUAAUCAGAAGGAACCUACGGAACUUUCCAAUAAAAUUGCAAAUAUCGGCAUCGCUUUACUUUGUAUCAUUAUAUGCAUCAUCACAUUUCUGAUUAGUAACAUGAGCGCAUACCUGCUCGCAGGAAAUGUGAUAAUAUCUGUGACACUAGUUGUAUUUGUGAUCGUUCUAUUCUUGAAUUUAGCCGCGAUUGGUAGGCAACCGGUACAAAAGAUUGAAUUGUCUUUCAAGGUACCUCUCGUUCCACUUAUUCCCUGUCUCAGUAUUUUUAUAAACAUAUAUUUAAUGUUCCAAUUAGACGUCUUUACAUGGAUUAGAUUUGCCACUUGGUUGCUAAUUGGAUUAUGCAUCUAUGGUUUUUACGGAAUUAAUCACAGUGAGCAAGGAAAAAGGAAUAAAGAGAGAGAAAGCAAGAAAUUACAACAGACGUACAUGGAAAAAUUUAAAACAGUAACAUCAUUUUAA